GGGUGGGAGUUGGCGCUGCGGGCCGGGCGGGGGCCGUGGAGCUGCGAUGCGGACGGGACCGAGGCGGUGACCCGAGGUGCCGCCCGACAUGAACUCGCUGGAGCAGGCGGAAGAUCUCAAGGCUUUUGAGAGAAGACUUACGGAAUAUAUUCAUUGUUUGCAACCUGCCACUGGACGUUGGAGAAUGCUUCUUAUAGUGGUAUCUGUCUGUACAGCUACUGGUGCAUGGAACUGGUUAAUAGAUCCCGAGACACAAAAGGUGUCCUUCUUCACAUCAUUGUGGAACCACCCAUUUUUUACCAUUAGCUGCAUCACUCUUAUAGGCUUGUUCUUUGCUGGAAUACACAAGAGAGUAGUUGCACCAUCAAUUAUAGCCGCUCGAUGUCGAACUGUAUUGGCAGAAUAUAAUAUGUCUUGUGAUGAUACAGGAAAACUAAUUUUGAAACCUAGGCCUCAUGUUCAAUAACAGUCUGCAUUCAUUAUUAUGGGACCUAAAACAGCCUUUCUUCAAAUAAGUGAUACAGCAAAAAGCCAUAAUGGAUUCCUUUUCCAAUUGGAUAUGUGAAGGUCAUAGCAACAAUUGACAAGAAGUGUGCAAUAUUUACCCAGAUUAUCUUGAUGAUGAUGACUUACAUUAUCAGUGCUUUUGGUACCUUUGAUUACCUGUGUUUCAGUAUUAGUGUCACUUUAGUACUUCAGAUUCUGCAAAUAUUUUUGCAGGUGAAGUAUGUAUGUAUGUUACUAAGUUAAACUUAGAAACAGAACCUCAUUCAGUUUUUAUAAUGUAUUUUUGCAAACUACUGUAAAUAGCAAAUCAAUGCCAAUGUUAAACAAAGAGGGAAAGGUUGUGUGGACUUGGUUCUCCUGCACCAGUAUUUCAGGAACAUCUGCUUGACAUCCCCAUAGUUCUUUAAAACCGGCUAUUGUGCAUAGCUGUGCCUUCCAUUCUUGUACUCCUCUCUUUUAAUCAUACUUCAGGAAAAACAUCGGAUUGAGCUUAGACUGAGGAAAACUCAUCUCCAUUAUGUUGUAAGAAAUUGUAGAUGUUUUGAGAAGUAAUUUUUGUUAAACCAGAUAAUGAACUUCAGCCACUAUUGUGGUUAUAUUUUUCAGUUCCUUGUUUUCAUUUAAUGCUAAAUAUACUUUAUAUUUUUUUAAUAAUUUUAAGAACACUCCAAAGGCUUCUGAAUAUACAAAUUCAGUUAUAAAUUAUGUAUUGUCUGGGAAUUUGAUAGUCAUAUUAUUUUAGAUAAUUGGAUUUUAUACUGUAGUAGACAUGCUGUUACCCUAGUAUUGCACAGGUGUAAUCGAGCAUCCUACUCCAUCAUGAGGAUAACACGGAGUGGUGCCACAAACUAGAGUCUACAAUUCUCACUGUUCAGAGAGUGUUAAUGACAUACUGUGUAUGCAUAAUAGCCACGUGUACUAUUAGAGCCCUUAAAAUUAAACUGUUGGGAUUGCUGUAAAUAUUUUAAAGUACUGGAGGUGCCUUUUUACCUGUUUAUGAGAAGAUUUUGAAAAGGUUUAAAUUAUUUCAUGAGCAAUCUUUUAAAUUUCAUUUAACAUAAAGCUGAAAAUCCAGUAACAGGACAACAAUUUUUUAACAGGGCUGCCAUUUAACUUAAAAUGUGUCUGUCUUGGCUUCCACAUAUAAAAAAUUCUAUUCCUUGAACUGCAGCAAUAAAAACCCUCUGCUCCUAAGAAGUUUUAAGAGGGUAUUCUAUA